UGGCGCGGCGGUGGGGCUGGGCAGCAAGAUGGCGCCGGCGGUGCGGGGGCUGAAGAGCCUGGUGUGGCAGAAGCUAAAAUCAUCAAUAUUUGAUGACUGCAGGAAAGAGGAAGAAUGGAAGAUAAUGCUUUUAGAUGAUUACACUACUAAAUUACUGUCCAUGUGCUGCAAAAUGACUGAUCUACUGGCAGAGGGUAUCACAGUGGUGGAGAACGUAUAUAAAAACCGUGAACCUGUCCCACACAUGAAAGCAAUAUAUUUCAUAACUCCCACCAAAAAGUCUGUAGAUGGACUUAUUGAUGACUUCAUCACUAAAUCAUCCAGCAGAUACAAAGCAGCAUAUGUGUAUUUCACUGACUUUUGUCCUGACAACCUCUUCAAUAAAAUUAAGUCUUCCUGUGCAAAAUCAAUACGGAAAUUGAAGGAGAUCAACAUUUCCUUCUUCCCAUAUGAGUCUCAGGUAUUUACUCUCAAUGUCCCAGAUGCAUUCUACCGCUGCUAUAGUCCAACUCUGGAAAAGACAAAAGAUCAAGAUGCUGUAAUGCAAGUAAUGGCUGAACAGAUUGUUACCUUAUGUGCCACGCUAGAUGAAAAUCCAGGAGUACGAUACAAAAGUGGACCAUCUGAUAAAGCCAGCAAACUUGCACAGCUUGUUGAAAAAAAUCUUGAAAACUACUACAAAACUGAUGAGAAAAGCCAAAUAAAGGCUAAAACCCACUCCCAGCUAAUAAUAAUUGAUCGUGGCUUUGACCCAGUGUCAACUGUCCUUCAUGAGCUCACCUUCCAGGCGAUGGCUUAUGAUCUGCUGCCAAUUGAAAAUGAUACUUACAACACUGUAUACAAAACAGAAGGACCUGCUGGGAAGGAACGUGAGGCAAUUCUGGAGGAAGAUGAUGAGCUCUGGGUGAAGAUACGGCACAAGCAUAUUGCAGAUGUGAUAGAGGAAAUACCAAAACUUUUGAAAGAAGUUUCAUCAAAAAGAAAAGCAACAGAAGGAAAAUUAUCGAUAUCUGCUUUGUCCCAGUUAAUGAAAAAGAUGCCACACUAUCGUAAAGAGAUUAGCAGGCAAGUUGUCCAUCUUAACAUAGCAGAAGAUUGCAUGAGCAAGUUCAAAUCUAACAUAGAAAGGCUCUGUAAAACUGAACAGGACUUAGCUCUUGGAACUGAUGCAGAAGGUCAGAAAGUGAAAGAUUCGAUGAGAGUCCUCCUUCCAGUUCUGCUCAACAAAAGUCACGAGAGCUAUGACAAAAUUAGAGCUAUUCUCCUGUAUAUCUUUAGCACAAAUGGAACUACCCAGGAGAACUUGGACAAGCUGAUCCAGAAUGUACAAAUAGAAAGUGAUAGCGAUAUGAUAAGAAAUUGGAAAUAUCUUGAUGUUCCUGUUAUCUCUUCAUCUGCUGCUCAGCAGCAUAAAUACCCGAGAAGGGACCGUUCUUCAGAAGAAACUUUUCAACUUUCUCGGUGGACGCCUGUUAUCAAAGAUGUUAUGGAGGAUGCUAUAGAAAACAAACUAGAUUCAAAAGAGUGGCCUUAUAGUUCUCAGUGUCCUCCUACCUGGAAUGGAUCAGGAGCAGUAAGUGCACGCCAUAAACCCAGAGCUAGUUAUAAGGAUGAGCGGAAGAGCAGUGCAAGACUGAUUAUAUUUGUGAUUGGAGGAGUUACACAUUCCGAGAUGCGCAGUGCUUAUGAAGUUUCUCAAGCCUACAAGUCCUGUGAAGUUGUUAUUGGUUCUACCCAUAUUUUGACACCUAGAAGACUCCUGGAUGAGGUGAAGAGCCUUAGUAAACCGAAGGAUAUGGUCUACACUAAGGAUGAAUAGAAAUGGUGAUGUUUAUGGUGCAUUAGGAAAAGACAAGUAGUAUGUACAUUCUUAGGGAACUGACUUUUCUAAAUACUGUACCAGGACACUACAUGGUUCUGACUACUGGAAUGUCACUUUAUAACUUAAAUUUGCUGCUUUUUUAGGGGAGCAAAAGGCAGAGAGGAAAAAAUCAACACGUGUAUUUCUUAGGUUAUAUUUAGUAUAGUGUUACACUGUAAGUGCUUUUUCCAAAGGAUGUGUUCAUUCGUAACAAAUUAUGCUUAAAGUUAUCAUGAUUAUGUAUAAAACUGGAAUUGUUUUUGAGAACUGUGAAACCUUUCUAUGACAGAGUUUAUUUCUAAAAAUGACGGAAUUCAAAAGGGCCUAGGGUCUUGGGUAGAGGCCUCAAGAAUAUUUGUAAAUAUGGGUUUAUGGUAAAAAUAUUUCACACAAGUGCAAUGUCUCAAGCUGUAAUAUUUUGUGUAAUAUAACUCACUGAAAAUUCUUUAAAUAUAUGUAAUUGUGAAAAAUCAGAAGUUUUUUAGAUGGUGGUGGGAAAAGUAGAAAGUUAAUUAUGGAAGUACUAAGUUCUAAUUUCAAUAAAUAACUGGAGAAAUGCUGUCAACUGUGCACUGAAGUACACUUUAUAUUUAAGUAUAUACAGGGAUUAUUGCUAAAGCUUUAAAAAAAAUUGAUUUCUUACAAACUUGCUUAUGAUUGUGCCUAUGUAGUCUGUCUGUUUUAUAAGAUGAAUUGCCUGUGAUAUAUAAGUUACAAAAUCGUAAGCAUUAAUUCUCUUUUUGGGGGAGUGGCGGCAAGGGAAAUGGAGAGGGGGGGAAAAAAAGGGAAGCAGGUGAAUCUUUCAAAUGGCUUGCUAAUUUAAAAAAGAAAAGAAAAAACAAACCAAAUACCAAAACCUGAUGCAUUCAAGAGAAUUUACUAUUUUCUUCUACUUUAUCGCAUACUAAGAAGUAGAUAAAUUUGUGUUGAAGGGGAUCAAGUAAAUUCAAAAUUGUAUUAAUUCUGUAAUAUUGGUGAUGUUUAGAGUUGUCUUAGAAAAUUAAAGUGGUAACUUAUUAACCCUUUAAA